AUGUUGAAUAAUGCAUGACGUAAGCGUUCUUCUGCCCAAUCGGAAUGCUUCUUUUAAAACAACGUCACCCAAAACAGAAUGGCGGUGUCCGUACAGCGUCUCGGCGCAGCGGGGAGACACUUUAUAAAGAAUUUAUUGAACACCAGAACCUUUAGCAGGACGAGAUCCACCCAGGCUGUCAGUCAGGUGGUUUUAAAUGUACCUGAGACAAAGGUCACGACCCUUGACAACGGGCUCAGAGUGGCAUCUGAAGACUCGGGCCUGACCACGUGCACGGUUGGACUGUGGAUUGAUGCUGGGAGCCGUUAUGAAAAUGAGCACAAUAAUGGUACAGCACACUUCCUGGAGCACAUGGCUUUCAAGGGCACCAGGAAGAGGUCUCAGCUGGACCUGGAGCUGGAGAUCGAGAACAUGGGAGCUCACCUGAACGCAUACACCUCCAGAGAGCAGACGGUGUACUACGCCAAAGCCUUCUCCAAAGAUCUGCCCAGAGCGGUGGAAAUCCUGGCGGACAUCAUUCAGAACAGCACGCUGGGAGAGGCCGAGAUCGAGCGCGAGCGGGGCGUCAUUCUCCGAGAGAUGCAGGAAGUGGAGACCAACCUGCAGGAAGUGGUGUUUGAUCACCUGCACGCUACAGCCUAUCAGGACACGCCUCUCGGGAGAACCAUCCUGGGCCCUACGGAGAACAUCAAAAGUAUAAAUCGAGGGGAUCUGGUGGAGUACAUCACUACACACUACAGGGGACCGCGGAUUGUGUUAGCUGCAGUCGGAGGAGUGUCACAUAACGAGCUCAUCGAUCUGGCUAAAUUUCACUUUGGAAAGCUGCCGGCCAGAUACAGCAGAGAGGCUUUACUGCCCUGCCACUUCACCGGCAGCGAGAUCCGUGUGCGGGAUGAUAAGAUGCCUCUGGCUCAUAUAGCCAUCGCUGUGGAGGCCGUCGGCUGGUCGCAUCCGGACACCAUCCCGCUCAUGGUGGCCAAUACACUCAUCGGGAACUGGGAUCGCUCGCUCGGAGGCGGGAUGAACUUGUCCAGUAAGCUGGCACAGAUGGCGUGUCAGGGGAACCUGUGCCACAGCUUCCAGUCCUUCAACACCUGCUACACCGACACGGGUCUGUGGGGGCUUUACCUGGUGUGUGAAGCAGGGACCGUCAGCGACAUGAUGCGCUUCACACAGCUGGAGUGGAUGUCUCUGUGUACGAGUGUGACUGAAAGCGAGGUGAACCGAGCCAAAAACCUGCUGAGGACAAACAUGCUGCUUCACCUGGACGGAUCCACUCCCAUCUGUGAGGACAUCGGCCGGCAGAUGCUGUGUUACAGCCGCAGGAUUCCUCUGAACGAGCUGGAGGCCAGAAUAGAUGCCAUCGAUGCCACAACCAUCAAAGACGUGUGCAUGAAAUACAUCUAUAAUAAAGCUCCUGCUAUAGCAGCCGUUGGUCCGAUCGAGCAGCUCCCGGACUAUAAGAGCAUCCGCGGUGACAUGCAACGGCUGUGAAGCGUCUGCACAUUAACAAGAGAAUUUAAGAUGCGCUUUUUCAUGUUUAUUUUAUUAUAAAAUAAAGAACAACACAAUAAAGUUAAAAGACCAUGUCAUGUGUGUGUUUGU